AUUAAAAAAUUGAAAAAUUAAAAAAACCAGUAAAAUUUUUAUCAACGCUUUACAUAAACUGGACAUAUAUUGCCUAGUACUAUUACCCAUAUAACUGUAAGUGUAUCAAUGAAGCAUCCAUUCCAAAUUGUGCUUGCUAAUGAAGCAGGUACACACCUUUUCAGUUCUGUGAAAAAUCAAAUUUUGGUGUUUGGAUUGACAGGAGCAUCGCAAGGUAAGUUAAUAGGAUCAUGGAUUGAUCCUGUUGAUAAUUUACAACCAUUACAGAAACAACAACAAGAAAAAAUAAAGAAGCUUGUAACCGAAGUUGAAGAUGGUGAUAAAAAAGUUAAAGUUCCAAAGAUUCCAACUCCUGGACCUGGAGCUCCACCAAUUUAUAAUUAUAUUCGUUCAUUAUAUUUAAGUCAUCAAGAUAAAUAUUUAAUUGGUAUAAGUGAUAGUGAUAAAUCUGUACUUGUAUUUGAAAUAGAUUAUCAAAAUAAUGAGAAUUGUAUUAAUCUUAUAAAACGUCAAAUAUUUCCUAAAAGACCAAGUUCUAUUACGGUUGAUGAAGAAGAUGAUACAAUUAUAGUUGCUGAUAAAUUUGGUGAUGUAUAUUCUAUGGAUAUUAAAGGUCCAGUCAUUGAUGAUGAAAAGAAAUUGGCUCCUAUAUUGGGUCAUGUAUCUAUGCUUAGUGAAGUAUUAAUUGUUAAACGUAAUGCUAAGAAAUUUAUCAUUACUGGUGAUAGAGAUGAACAUAUUAGAAUUACUAAUUAUCCUAAAACUUAUGUUGUAAAAGAUUGGUUAUUUGGUGCUGAUCAUAAAGAAUUCAUUAGUGUAUUGAAUAUUCCUAAAUUUGAUGAUUCAUUAUUAAUCAGUGGUGGAGGUGAUGAUUUCAUAAGUUUAUGGAAUUGGCAUGAAUCUAAAUUCAUUACUAAAUUUAGUAUAAAAGAUUAUGUCACUCAAUUCUUAACUGAUAGUCAUUUACCACCUGAAAGAUUCUUAACUGAAGAAUCAGAAAGAGAAAUGUGUAUUUCUGAGUUAAUUGUAUUAACUUCUGAUUCAAAACAUUACAUUGUUAUAUUAUGUGAAAAUAUUCCUGCAUUAAUAUUACUUGAAUUAACUUCCGAUUUAACUUUUAACUAUGUACAAACUUUUACCACUACAUUCUCCAUUGUUGAUAUAACUGCCAUUGAAGAAUCUGGUACUAUCAUUGCUUCAGUUGAUAAUGAACAAGAUGGUGAAGACAAGAACUUGAUACAAUUCUAUAAACUUUCCAAUGGUAAAUUGCAAGAUGCUUCUAUAAGUAAUGCAUCAAUCUCUACUAGCAUUACCGAAUUAAAUCCUGAAAUUGUUGAAUCAAGACAUGAUUUCUAUCCUUUAUAUAGUGUCAACACCUUGAGAAAGAGAAGUGAACACUAAUUGUAUAUAGUUUACUCAAUGAUAAUAAUGGAUAUAUAGUCAAGAAGUUUGUAGAAGCUUAAAGCCGACCCCACGCGCGGAUGUCUCACUCUCACCAAAACAAUACAAUCAGAUAAGGAAAACGACAAAGCCGUUUGCGCAUUAUCGCAGAGACAUUUUUAGGGGAUUAAUAAUAAAGGGGG